UUUGCGGAAAAUGUUCACAUGCGAGGUACUCCACUCUGAAAUCAGUUGAUAGACGAUAUUUCAACUGGACGGAAGUUGUGCUGUGUGAGACUUCUCUCAUCUCGGGUGACGAAUUUUUUUGCGCUUAGCAAGUGCUCUACCAUCUUCACAAUAGCUGCGUGACGUGCUUCACACAAAUGUUAAUUAAAUUAAAUAAUUUAGAGAUAAUUUUCGAGUGAGGCGAAUUGCUUCCUAUACAAGAUUUUCUCCUUGUGAGUUCUUUUUUUGUAUUUAUUAAAUCUUUUCUUGCGCGCGUAUACCUUCUUCACUUUUUCCCUCUUAUGUUAUAUAUUUUCACCCAUUCUAACACCAAAAGUGUGAUGAAUAAUACUUUGUGGUAAAUACACCUUUGUGUUGUGUUUUUCACCCUCGGAAAGAGUCGCGAAAAGUGAAGUGGAAAGGGAUUGAGUGAGAGAAAUAAGGGUGAAAAAGCAGUGAAGUUGUACGAGCACUAGAAGAGGGGUUGAAGAGAGAAGAUGAAAAAUCAAAAGCUCAUACUGGAUGAUUUUUCAAUAUAAAACCCCGAGUUUUCGCCACCAAAAGCCCAGUCAAAAGCACGACGCCAGACACGGUGGAAACUCAACGGAAUUUUCCAGUGACAAAUAGCAAAGUUGCACAACGAAUACCACGCGCGUGCAAAAAGAGUAUAUUGUAUAGUAAAGUGUUAGGUGAAUAGUGUCAAAAUAUGUGACAAAUUUUCAAAAUGGGAGUAUAUAGCUUAAAAUGUUGAUGGAGCAAAUGUUGAUUCAAUGAGAAUUGCACAUCGAAAGGAACGAAAAUCUGUCUGCAGAUUUAUUUUGAAGCUCGUUGCAAGACAGCUUCGCAAGGAUAGUUGAAAGGGUGGUGAAUAGAAAAAAAUAAGCAAGUCUUGUUGAGCUUUUCUCCAUCACAAAACUGUCCAAGCUACUCCGCAAGGAGAUUACCUUCACGAGAAGUCAGGCAUUUCCCAGACAAGGAUAAAUAUGGAAAUUGCAUCCUCCACACCAAUGUUGCGCUCAUAUUCCGUUGAUGCACACAAGAGGGACUGGGGAAAGAGACUUUCACUCCGGGGAAGUCGACGUACGAGAGAGGAUACAACAGUCAGGAAAACGGGAUUCACUCGGCGUGCGGCUUCCCUGCGACAGACGAGAACAGCUCAAGUGUCACUAGAGCUCCAAGUGCCACCCACAUCCUGGGCGCCAAUGGUGAAUAGUAGUACUCUCAAGAAAUCCAACUGGGAGGUGAUCGAACAUUUCAACACAGGACCCAAGGGACGUGGGUCCGUUAGUAGUAGCCUAAUUGCCAUUGGGGUGACAAAGUGCAACCUCGACGACUCUCUCGGUUCAAAUUUCUCUGGAUCCACGUGCAACAGUCCCAUGGCAAAUCGAGAAGUUAAUCAACGACUAUUACCUGCGGACGAAUCGAGGGAACAAGAAGCUCUCUUCAGGAAUGAGAAUGGGUCAAAAACCUCGUUUUGGUAUCGUCUCAACAAACUAAUUAUCCAAAUGUGCAGUAGCCAUCAAUUUAAGAAUCUACAAGUGGAAAUGCUAUAUCAGCGGUACUUCCUUCGGAUGAACCAGAGCAACACAACACACAUUGUGGCCCUUUUAUUGGCAUUAGUGCUGAUUCUUUCUAUCAUCUACAUCUUCUUCGCCAUUACACCCUGGGGUUUCAUGUCAAAUACGGCUGAUGCCACAUUCAAUAGUACAAGACUUCCCACACUCUAUAAUUCAAAUGCAGCCAUUUCGAGCGAUGAUGCAAAGAUUCUUCUCGACAUCACAGAUUCCGAACAGAUACAUGUAAUUGAUGGCAACACAUUUAGUGCUCUGGAAAAAAAUUUGACUGGAAGUCAUUCUGUAUCGAUGAGGGAACAAUUGCACAGAUUCACUGUGCUACUGGAUGAGACAACAUUGGCAAACAAUGCCACGAGCAACCAGAGUUGGAACACAAGUUGGAGGACUGAGCAUGAGGAAAAGUUUGCGGAGAACUCCAGGAAUUCAUCUGACCAAUUCACAAGCAUUUUGCCAUCAAUUAUUACCCUAAUUGCCUGUGCUGUAGUUUACAUCUUUCUUCUUAUUGCUCUUUCGAAGCCCGCAAUCAAUGAAGUAUUUUUAGUCUUAGUGUCUUAUGCCAUUAUCGCAACUUUCUUCGCCAUUGAAGUGUGUCUCUCGUUAACCAAUUACUACAGAGAGAUACAUAGCGUAAAUGGGAGCACAUUGAUUUUUGUCUACUUGACUUAUGCAAUGCUGCCGGUGAGGCUUAGGGAGGCUAUCGUGGGUGGAUGUUUCCUAACUAUAGCACACAUUAUCAUAGAUACGUGCGUUAUAGAGAGGGAGUGGCAACACAUUGUGUCCACUGCAAUUGCUCUCAUUUGCAUUAACCUCGCUGGUGCAUACACACAUUGGCCACGUGAAAAAGCUCAAAGAAAGGCAUUUCUGGAGACACGGCAGUGCAUUGAAGCCCGUCUCAGGACUCAGCGAGAAAAUCAGCAACAGGAGCGCCUCUUACUAUCUGUUCUACCGCGGCAUGUGGCCAUGGAGAUGAAGGAUGAUAUUGCUGGCCAGCCACGAGAGGCACAAUUUCAUAAAAUCUAUAUCCAGCGCCACGACAAUGUAUCCAUCCUUUUUGCCGAUAUUUGUGGCUUCACAAGCCUCUCGGACCAAUGUACAGCCGAAGAGCUAGUGAGGUUGCUCAAUGAGCUUUUUGCACGCUUCGAUCGACUUGCUUCUGAGCACCACUGCCUAAGAAUAAAACUCCUCGGUGAUUGCUACUACUGUGUAUCAGGACUACCCGAAGCAAGGCCAGAUCAUGCUCACUGUGCUGUAGAAAUGGGACUUGACAUGAUUGAUGCUAUUGCUCUUGUUCGGGAGGUGAUGGCUGUGAAUGUGAACAUGCGAGUUGGAAUUCACACAGGACGCGUCCACUGUGGCGUUUUGGGUCUUAAGAAAUGGCAAUUCGACGUGUGGUCCAACGACGUGACACUGGCCAAUCACAUGGAAAGUGGCGGAAUACCCGGACGUGUGCACAUUACGAAGGAGACACUAAAAUGCUUGGACGGGGAUUAUGAAGUAGAGGAGGGCCGUGGCUGUGAGAGGAAUGCCUACCUUAAGGACCAUCAAAUUGAGACAUUUCUCAUUGUGCCCGGUGACACGUACCAGCAGGUUUGUCCUCAACAAGGGGUUCACUCCAGGCACAAGAGGCCUAAUCAUUCUUAUUCAAUGAAUGGAAAUAUCUCUAAGGAGCUGAGAAUGAUGGGUCAUGGCUCGCAAAAGAAUACCUCCUCCAAGUACGAUCGAUUGGGCUUUUCAGAUGUGCAUGAAAUUAAAGAUCCCGAAGAUGAAGUUAAUGACUAUCUAAUGCGUGCCAUUGAUGCAAGGAGUAUCGAUAGACUAAGGUCUGAGCAUUGCAAGCAUAUCCUCUUGACGUUCAAGAAGAAUGAUAUUGAGCGCAAGUACGCCAAAGAGCCCGAUCGAAUGCUCAACAUUUACGUCUACUGUACUGUGAUAAUGUUUUCGGGAAUGAUUCUCAUUCAGUGGUUGAUCUUUCCUUUAAACAUAUACAAUUACAUUGUGAUGAGCUUUUUAUGGAGUUUCCUGCUUCUACUUUGUGGUGCUGUCGUGGCCAAAGACUACAAAUGGUGUCUAGUACAUUUAAAGUUGUUAUCUCGACGAAUUCACAAGCAACGAGUCAUUGCACAGAUUCUAUCAUUUCUUGUGGUAUUCAUCGUCAAGUGCUUGGCUUAUUCCACCGUUAUUAUUGUAAAGGACGAAUUUAUCUGUUUGAAUGAGACAAUCUCGAAUGACAUCAAGACGGAUUGCGGAGCCACAACCAUAACAAAUACAUUUCUUCUACUCACAAUAAUCUCCAUGGUGACAUGUGCAGUUCACCAAAUUCUCAAGAUAGUCGUAAAGAUGUUUCUUCUCGUCUCACUGGCAAUCAUUUACAUUGUAACGACAUUCUCGCAAAGCAUAGAGCUUGAAGAAAUUUUUGGACAAGAGAAUGGCAGUAAAAGUCUCUCAUCAUCCAUUGAGGAUUCUCUGUUUGUGAUAAUUUUCGUGGUGGCACUAAUCUUUCAUAGUCAUCAAGUGGAAGCCACGUAUCGAUUGGAUUUUCUAUGGAAACUUCAAGCAACGGAAGAGAAGGAAGACAUGGAGCACCUUCAGGCCUACAAUCGAAAGCUCCUAGCCAAUAUCCUUCCAGUACAUGUGGCAGAGCACUUCCUCAGUCGCGACAAGAAUAUUGAUGAAUUAUAUCACGAGCAAUGCGACAGUGUCUGUGUUCUUUUCGCUUCAAUCCCCAACUUCUCGGAAUUUUAUGUGGAACUUGAGGCAAACAAUGAAGGAGUUGAGUGUCUCCGUCUUCUCAAUGAAAUCAUUGCUGAUUUUGAUGAGCUUCUUGGCGAAGAAAGAUUCAGGUACAUUGAGAAAAUCAAGAGCACUGGAGCUACUUACAUGGCUGCAUCAGGACUCACUUCAAAUACUUGCGAUAUGGUGAACUUUCGUCAUAUAACAUCUAUGGCGGAUUAUGCACUACGUCUACUUGAGCAAAUUAAUGAGGUGAACACACACAGCUUUAACAACUUCCGGAUGCGCAUCGGCAUCAAUAUUGGACCUGUGGUUGCUGGAGUAAUUGGGGCGAGAAAGCCACAAUAUGACAUCUGGGGUAAUGCUGUCAAUGUUGCAAGUAGGAUGGAUUCAACAGGUUUGCUCGACCACAUUCAGGUGACACAGGAAGUAUAUCAGAUCCUCCAGCCACGUGGGUACCCUCUUGAAUGCAGAGGGAGUGUAAAUGUCAAAGGGAAGGGCUCCAUGGUGACGUACUUUCUCAAGGGACCUGCUCGAGCUGAUUUGGUGACAUUCUCCAAGACCAAUGAUGAAUUGAAGCAACAACAGAGUUCAAGUACAACAACAUCAGAGGAUGUUACAGCAACUGGGAAUCCCGAUAAAGCGUGUGGUCAGUCUGAGGACAAUCCUACAGCACUGAGGCGGAAGAGUCUCUGCCGACAGAAUGAUAUUGUGCCAUAUUUUAGCAUAUCCCUAAGCCCGAGUGUCUCCACCGGGAGUUGUAUUAGUGGAAUACAACCAAGUGGAACAAUUUCCAGUGAUUCUGGUGAUGCAACAGGAAAAAAUCCUCCCAGCACAGUAAAACCCGAUGAAUCCACGAGGAUUAUGAAGACAGCCGCUGACUUCAAAGGGCACCGUCAGAGAGUGGAAAAAAGUGCGAUGCAGGAUUCCAUUGAGAGUUUGGAGAAACUUCUAAAGAGCGACAUUGGCCUAGCGAAUCUAUCAUCUGUGAAAAUCCCACCAUACCGCCAUGUAUCGAGUGAGGGGCACAAUGAAGAGAACAUCGUGCCGGAGUACGUGGAGAACCACACCGAUAAAAUCUCCACGUCCUCAGAGACUGUGAUCAAUGUACCUCAAGUGGUGAGCGAGGCAAAAAGUGAUGCACCAAAGAUCCUUAAGAAUUCCCAUUCAAUGUAUCCAAUAGACUUAGAGCAUCAGAAGACACGAGGAGACUGCCUCAUGUCCACGAGCAAAAGUCUCAAUUUAUUGCCAUUCAUUGAUGUCAAUAGCGUUAAAGUGGUCUUGGAAGACAUCACCAAUUGUCGAAAUUAGUCUCUCAUUGCACAUCUCCGGGAGUUGUUUCAGUCCAAUGGAGAGGGAAGAAUAGAAAAAUCCCUGUGACAUACAAAAUCAAUCAAUUAUGCGCGAUAUAGAAAAAAAGAGUUAUAUUUAAUGUGGUUGCGUUAUGGUGUCUGAAAAAUUUUAUUGGUGAUAUUCAUAUCGGGCGAUGCUUGUGAUUUCUUCCCCUAAUUAAUAUGCAAAUCCUCCUUGGGGUUCAUCCUGAAAAUACCCCAAAAGAACAUCCCUGCUGCUGAAGCAUCGUCAAAAGUCUGUGUACAUAUAAAUUUUACGGUGUAAUAGCUAAUAGAGUGGAGAAAAAGCUGCAUAUAAAUAUGUUAAUUAUGAAAAUGAGAAGACUCUAUGUGAAAAUGUAUGUAUAAAUAUUUUACACAACAUGUGUACCUACGUAAUAAUUGUGUAGAAAGCUCAACUCUUCAUAUGUGUGGUGCACACAAUGUUAUCCCAUCUCGCAUCACAGCGUAUAUUUCCUGGCUGGAAAAUCUCCUGUACUCAAUUCCACUUUUGGCAGAUCAGUGCUGAUUACACAAUACCACUUUCAUUAGCUUAUGUGAAUGAAGGAGUGCAACAUGAAAUAGAUCCUUUUAGCACUGCCGACUGCCACAUUAAUUAGUCUAAUUGUCUCUCUAUUAGCUCUGAGAGAGAUCUCUUCAAAACACCUUGAAUAAUCUCUGCUAGCUUUUGAGGAUUUAUUGGUGCUUCCAAAGGUAAUUCUUGAAUGGGGAAUUUUAACUCUUUGCGUAUUACUAUUGCAAAUUUACAGGAGAUUAGGUAAUUUCGAUCCCUAUCCUAUGUCUAACUUUCUCACAGCCCAGAACGAGUAUAGUGAUGGAGUGCUUUUGAAAGCAGAUUAACCUUUUCAGGGAAAUAUUUACACACAGAUGCAGAAUAUUUUAGGGAUAAUCGAGCUCACAGCAAUAUUUCAUUAAAUUAAUUUCUGCCACGUUUUUGCAUUUUUUUGCUGUUAAAAUAAAAUAGAAUAUUUUGCAAUAUUUUCAUUUACAUGACUCAUUUUGUUUGUUCUGAAGGUGUGAAAAAUAAUGUUGCGGAAGAUGGUUGCAGUGAGUUUAAUGAUUUAUAAGCAGUAUUAUAAUUUUUUUUUAUUAUAAAAUACUACACAACAAAAUAUUUAUAACUCCUACUUCUCAUUAGAGGAAAACCUGGGGAAAACCAUACAAAACUGAGUCAAUUAAACAGUGAAGUUUUUAACCCACUUGCGAUAAAAGCAUCAUAACCACUGACAAUUUUAUAAAUUGCGCCCAAUUUCUCAUUAUUAAUAUUUUUUUAUUCAUUCAUAAUGAAUGCAGAGAUAUGCUUAAAUAGACACUGAAAUUUUUUUUGAAAAAAAAAAAGAAAUACAAUUUUUAAACACAAAAUAAUUUUACUAUCGAUGGAAAUAUUUUCGUCGUGAAAGGGUUGUGUCGUAUUUAAUGGAAAAUAGUGAUAUACUGCAACUUUUACCUACAAUUUAAUGUUGCUCAAUUAUCCCAAAUCUCCCUUAUUGAAAUUAAGGCAUCAAAUAUGUACCUCAAGAGAGCCACAGAAAAAUGCAAAAUAAAUUAAAAUAAUUUCAAAAAAUCAUAAAUUGGUUACACAGUGUUAUUAGCAAUUAUAAAUGCUUUCUUAUCUUCAGCACCGAAAUUCUUAUCUUGAUCAGCUAUAAAUGACAAUGUAAUAGCCUCAACAUGUUUUUCACUCAUCCACCUAAUCUGAGGAGAGUAAAUUUUGACUUAUUAAUCAAAUAAACAAUUUCAGUGCAGCACCAAAUAAUUUUUCAUUGAUUGAAUUCUGCAAAAGCAGUUUAAAAUUUAGGAAUAUUAUAUCAUCAUAUAAUUCUGUUUAAUUUAUAUAAACAAAUUUGAAACUUAAUAUUGAGAAUUAAAAGCUCACAAAAUAUAGGAAAUCUAUUUAUAUACAAUUUUCUUAAGAGGAGAGAAUGUGUAUGAUACUCCAAUUUCUAAACUUAUGCGUUACAGCUAUAAGUCUCUGCAUGCAAUCAAGAGCCUUGCAAAGUGAGAAAUUCCAGGAAAAACCACUUUUACUUAAUAUACGUUAAAUAUAUAUUAUUUAAAUAAGUAAAUUAAAAAGAAGGCAAUUUAAAAGAAUGACUGAGACGAUAAGAUGAUUUGGCUGAGAAAUGCAAUGUGGCAUGUGAGAAGGUAGAAAAAAAAAACCAAUUUAAAAUGGACAACCGCGAAAAUUACCUGUUGAUUGGAUUUGUUGACCAAUAUGAUGAAGCAGUGAAAAAUAGGGGACCACCUUUCAAAGAAAUGUUAUAUUUUCUUUUACUAAAAUGAUGAGAAAAUUUACAUUGCUUGCAAAAUGUAAAAAUCACUGAAAAAAUACAAAAACAGGGAAAAUCAUACAUUUGGAUUUAAAAUUCUUUCUAAAGCUUGUGAAAAAAUGCUUAAUAUUAAAUUGAGCCCCAACCAAUUUAUUUGUACGUACACACUCCAAUCCCAGCAAAAAUGUUUCAUAAUCAAAAGAGCACAAAAAUUGGAGCCCACAGAAUGUGCUGACAAAAAUAUCAGAAGAGUAAUCAAAAAAUAAAAAUAUCAUAGACACUUAUUUUUCGUAAAAAAAAAGUCAAUUGAUGAAUAUAUAAAAGAGAAACCAAGUAUAAAGAGAUACAAGGAAAAAAAUCUAUAUAAAAAUGAAUGUAAAGUGAAUGUCAAUAUUGUCUCAUUCGAUUAAUUUCGUGAUAUACUUUGUAACACAUCCCAAGUAUCUUCCAUGAGAAUAUUAAUCUUUAUCACACAAUGGAGGGGAAUAAAUUAGCAAUUUAGAGAUUAA